AGGGAAAUUUAAAAAGUCCGGACAACCAGGAAGUGACAGGACCGUACAACAACCGACGCUCGAAGAAGUCUGUUACUGUUAGCCACAUAAAAAAAGAAUUUACAACUCGCACAAACUACUGUAUAGCUAUAGAACAUAUGAUUUGCUUCUAAUCGGGUUCCGACCGUCUUUAGGCACAAAAUGGAGACUUCUCUCGACCAGAUUUUAGACUCACCUUCCAAAAACAGUUACAUCGGGAGCUAUUACCAGCCUCCAGACAGGAUACUAGCAAAACCAAGACAGCUGGAGCUCUCCGCGUCCUCCUCCAUCAGCCCGGACCCACAGAUCACCGGUGUCCAGGUCUCACAGACCAAACCUAACAUUGACAGCAGAGCUGUUGUUGAUGCACUGAAGACUCUCCAGGAGAAAAUCCGGCGAUUGGAGCUGGAACGGACACAAGCGGAGAAGAGCUACCGGCAGUUCUCCCACGAUACUCAGAAGCAGCAGCUUGAUAACUCUGGCAGAAAAGUUGUGUCUGUGUUUAUGGCGACAGAGCUGGAUUCGAAGCUGCAAUCCGCAGAGGCUCGCUGUAAGACUCUCGAGAAGCAGCUGGACUACAUGAGGAAGAUGGUUGAAAACGCUAAGAAGGAGAGGACCACUCUCAUAGAGGAUAAGGCUUCACUACAGAACCAGCAGCCGAGCAGCUCAAACACCCACACGCAACAGGAGAAGUUGGACAAGCUUGAAUCAGAGUGUCUCAAAUUGAGUAGAACUCAAACAGUGGCAGAGAUGAAACUUGCCAUUCUGGAGCAAAGACUACUGAAAGAAGAGCAGGAGCGUAAACGUGUACAGGAGAAAGCAGAUGAGCUGCUGAGAGAACUGGACGUCAGUCUUCAACUGCCUGAGCCAACUAAUGAAGAGAUAAAGCCAAAGAAGAAGACACAAAAGACCCUCAAGAAAGCCUCCAAACAGAAUGAGCUGGCAUCACCGAAUGGCCCUGGGCGCAAAAGAAUGCCCUUUGUCGCAGGAACGUCGAUUAGCCCGAGCCAUUCAGUCCAUGCCAACGUACAGAGUAUCCUUCACAUGAUGAAGCACCACCAGCCUCAGCUGUGCGAGCGAGUGAGCGCUCUACACUCGUCUGGCUGCGGAGCCAAGAAAAGCCUCCAAAAGAACUUUUCACCAUCUUCCCCCAGUUCGAAGAAGCCUGACGAACUGUCUGAGCCAGUAGAUCAGUCACUGAGCUCACUGUCAGACCUGCUGCUGGCUCUGCAGGACGAGCUAGGACAGAUGAGCUUUGAGCAUCAGGAGUUGGUGCGUCAGAUUGACAUGACGCAACAUCGGGAGCUGAAGCAAGACCUGCAGAGCGAGCUGGAGCGGCUGGUGGCCAAGAUGGAAGAGAAGGGAGUCCAGAUCACGAAACUCCGCAAACAUCAGCAGACGGUCCAUAAAUUGACCCAAAGUCAGCCUUGUGCCGAACAACACGCAGCAAAGAUGUUGAGUGGGAUCAAGCCACCCGCCCCUUCUCUUGUCAAGGCCAAACAGAAGGGAAAGAAAGGCGGGAGCACUCACAAUAACCUGCAGCUUCUCCGAGAGACCCAGAAAUUCCGAAACCGCCUCAAACAGGAUGACCUCUCCUGGGAAACAUGAAGUCCUCUGCAAGAUCGUUCUGGUGUGGAGGCUUUGAUACUACAGCUGGAUGAACCACAAUACCCCCCCCCUCGGUUUGCUUUCCUCUCACUUCAUAUGGUUGUUAGAAACAAACGAAAAGAGGUAAUAAAGUGAUUUACACAGGAUAUGAUCAUUUCUUGAUCAUAGACCCUAUAAAGGCGUCGGCAAUGAUUUAAAAUAAAUGUUGCUCAUACAGGGUCCUUCAUAGGUAAAUGGCGUAGUUUGUGCAUCAUUGACUUUAACAGCCAAAAUAAUGUUGUGAUGUUUUGUGUUUCAUGAAGUAAAUCUCAUCUCAAAUGCAAUCUAUUUUUAAUAUUUUUUUUAAAUAAAGCUCAUGCUCUCUA